AUGCUUCGAAACACCAUAGCGACUUCGCUGCUCGUCUCCUCUGCUCUAGCCUAUCCAACGGAAAACAAGCAAAAUGCAACCACGUUAGACUGGGCCCCGUGCGACCUCGACUUUCCCGACUCCAUCCAGGGCAUCAUAGACGCACGCAAUGAGACUCUUGAUUGCGCCACUCUCUCCGUGCCUCUCGACUACACCAAUUCCACGGGUGGCAGGACUAUCGACCUCCAGCUGAUUAGGGCCAAGGCGACCCAGGAGCCGUUCAUGGGAAGUGUCCUCACAAACCCCGGUGGUCCUGGUGGAAGCGGUGUGGAACAGGUUGCUUCCGAUGGGCCGUUGUACCGUGACAGCCUAGGUGGACACCACGAUGUUAUCGGUUUCGACCCACGUGGCACGGGACGAACCAUUCCCUUCAUCUGCAUCCCGUCGAACGCCACAAACUCCAUGACUAAGCGCGGAGAGUACAACUUCACACUUCCACAGCAUGACAUGUAUGCUUCGCUGGUCGAAAAGGGCUGGCAUGACGGCGGUGUGUACGCAGAGGACUGCGCGAAUACACCCGGUAUGGCAGACAUUGGCCCUUACAUCAACACACCUUUCGUGGCGCGCGACAUGCUAGAAAUCAUCGAUGCGCUUGGUGAAGAGAAACUGCAGUACUGGGGUAUCUCCUACGGGACUGUGCUCGGUCAGACGUUCGCUGGCAUGUUCCCAGAUCGUGUCGGACGUGUUCUGCUCGACAGCACCGUACUUCUCAGCGACUACACCUCGGGUUUAUGGAUCACACAAACACGUGAUACGGAGCGUACCUUGGUGAACUUUUUCAGCGAGUGCAUCAACGCUGGCGUAGAGCUGUGUCCUAUCGCCAACUUGACUGGCCCAGAUACAACUGCCGACGAUCUGCACAAGGCCUACGCCAAAGUCUUCCAGGAGCUUAUCGAUGACCCCAUCUACCUGCCCGAAGACUACGUCCCAGCACCUUGGUACCAGCCUGGAAACAUCACCGCAUACGCACUCUUGAAGUAUAUAACUCUGGGCACGCUGUACAGCCCCCUGCAAUACGGCAUUCUCUCCCACAUCAUCCAUCUGGCACUAAAGCGCGACUGGGCCGGCGCACUCACCCUCCUCUCCUUCCAGCUGAACCAGACCACACCAGAAAUACCCUGGAAUCUGGGCCUCGACGCCUUCCACGGCAUCACCUGCGGCGACGGCCUCUUCCGCGCCGACAAGGUCGAAGACAUGUUCUCCUGGACGCAAGCCCAAGCCGCCGCAGGUACCUUUGCAGACGGCUUCGGCCCCCAAAUCUGGCCGUGCGCGCAGUGGAAAUUCGACGCAAAAGAGCGCUACACCGGCCCUGUCACCGCUAUCAACACAAGCCACCCCGUCCUCUUCGUGCAGGGCGCAUUCGAUCCCAUCACGCCUCUGAGCGGUGCGUACGAGGCCUCGGCGCAUUUCCCGGGGAGCAGGAUCGUGGUGCAGAACGGCGCUGGGCAUGCGGUACUUGGACACCCGUCAAAGUGCACGAUCGAUGCCAUUGCGAGGUACUUUGUGAACGGGAGUAUGCCUGAGGUUGGUACGGUGUGUCAGACAGAUCAGACGGGGUUUGAAUACUACGAGGACAUCUUUGGGUUGGCGAACAGUACCCUGGGAAAGCGAGAGCUCGAAAGCUUGCGUCGUCCUUGGCACUGA